GCAUUGUAAAAAUUAUUCACCAGCCUCAUACACAUAUUAAGUUCUGAGCUUCUACAAUGGAGUUAACUUAUCUCUCUGUUUUCGCUGUAUUUUGUUUGAUUUUGGUGGGAAUCAAUGCUUCACAAUCGGGGGAAGAUUAUUGGAAAACCAUUUGGCCAAACACUCCUAUGCCUAAGGCUCUCUCGGAUUUGUUGCAGCCUGAAAGCACGAGCAAUCUACCCAUCAGAGGUGAAGAAAAUAAGCAAUAUUGGACCAUCUUUUUUGAACAUGACUUAUAUCCUGGAAAUAAAAUUAGUUUGGGCUUCAACAAGAGUAAUGAUAAGUCUCAACCAUUAGGAGCAGUAAAAUGGGAUAAAAAUGAAAUUCAACCUUUUGGAAGUCUCACAUGGCUUAAAAAAACAAGUGAAGAAAGAAAUCAACCUUUUGGAGUUGCCGCAUGGUGGCUUCAAAAAACAAGUGAAGAAAGAAAUCAACCUUUUGGAUUCAGAGCUUGGAGGUGGAAUGAAAAACCUAGCCAACCUUUUGAAGCUCACACAUGGGGUGGAAAAGAAAGACAAAGUUUUGACAACUAUUGUAUACGUCCAUCUGCUAUAGGGGAAGAGAAGUAUUGUGCAUUAUCCCUUAAAUCAAUGAUGAAUUUUGCCAUAUCAAAGCUUGGAACUAAUAUUAAGGUGAUUUCAAGUUCCUUUGCCCAAAACCAAGAUCAAUAUAAGGUGGAUGAAGUGAAGAAAAUUGGAGACAAAGCAGUGAUGUGUCAUAGAUUGAAUUUCAAAGACAUGGUAUUUUAUUGCCACCAAGUUAAUGCAACAACAGUUUACAUGGUGCUAUUGGUGGCUUCUGAUGGAACUAAAGCUAAGGCACUAACUAUUUGUCACCAUGAUACAAGAGGAAUGAAUCCUGAUGUUCUUUAUGAACUUCUCAAAGUCAAGCCUGGAACCAUCCCUAUUUGCCAUUUUGUUGGCAACAAGGCUAUUGCUUGGGUGCCUGACUCGUCUUAAAGUUUGAUAUAGGGGGAAAUAUUUUGUGCAAAUAACAAACCUUGUGUAUAAAGUAUAAUCCAUGUAUUUGAAAUAAAUAUAGUUCUUAACUAAUUAGAACUAUUAGUUUGGCACACAUUGGUGGCCUAAGUCCAAUGUAAUGUAUGUUCGACUUGAUAAUGAACAAAAAAGUUUGUGUAUUUGAUGUAA